AAAUAGGUAGAUAGACAAAGGAACAGAGAGAUAAGGAGGUAGGUAGAUGGAGAGGUGAACCGAGAGAUACAUGGAUGUGGAGAUACAUAGAAAGAGAAAUUGAUAAAGAGAUAAACAGAUACGAGUAGAGAAACAUGUAGACGGAGAGGAUAGACACAAAAAUAAACUGCACCAUCUACAUAGAGUUCUAUAGAUAGACUGAUACAUACUGAAGGUACUGAAGGAUACAGACCCAUAUAUAUAUGUAUAUGUAUAUGUAUAUAUCUCUAUAUAUACAUAUAUGGGCGGACGAAUUAACGGAUACAUAACUAGACAGAGAUCCACUGUCAGAUAAAUCCAAAACUUCCGUACGGGGUUGCUGUACUGGAAGGUUCUGCCGGAUACUUUACUAAGUUAAAAAAAUUAACGUUUAAAAGGUAAACCUUUCCCUGGCUCUGGAAAGAAACUACGAAAGUGAAUAAUUUUUGGGAAGACCGGGCGAGUAGUACUUGUAUAUAUAUAUAUAUAUAUAUAUAUAUAUAUAUAUGUAUCUGCAGAGAGCGCAUCCGUCAACGCAACAAUGUCUAUACACAUGUAUAGAUAAAUAUGUAGAGACAGAAACGUAUAUUUUUUGUAGAUGUAUGUGUCUAUAGGCUAGGAACCGACCGAGAAAAGGCCUCGUGAAGCAUCGCCGGAGUCGUGGAAGUGUGAACAUUUCUCAGCAGAAGCCGCCCACUGCGGACAAUCUCUCCCUCGAGACUCUGGCCUCUGCUUAAUGCUUCCCAAAAUCGCGAAAGUUCCAUAUUUUCCCCAGGUGGUGCUCUCCGGGGCGUCGCCAUUGGCUGCGCGGGCGUCUUCUGUGGCGACGUCCAGAUUUCCACCGCGAGAGAAUAGAGAGGACGCAGCUCCGGAACGUAUGGGAGAGGCGUCGGAAGCAGAUGGAGAUCGAGACGAACAAGAAGAGAAGAGAGAGCUGGCAGAGGGAGAACGAGAAGCCAGCAGAGAGCCUGGAGGAGGCGAAGAAGAAGAGAGAGAGAGACAAGCAAAGCGCAGCGGAGAAGAAGAAGGCGCGGCAGCGGAAGAUGGCGAAGGAACAGGAGAAGACAGAGGCGGAGGAAAAGGGGAGGCGAAGGAAGAAAGUAGAGAAGAGGAGGAAAACGAGGAAGAGAAAGAAGAAGGAAGUAGAGAAGAGGAGGAAAACGAGGACGAGAAAGAAGAAGAAAGCAGAGAAGAGGAGGAAAACGAGGAAGAGAAAGAAGAAAAGGGAAAAGCUAAGCAAGGUAGAGAAGGCAAAGAGGGUGAAGAACACAGAGAAUAAUGAGAAGGACAAGGGAGAGGCGGUGGAGGAGGAAUAACGGC